CCUCGCUGACGGGACGGCUAAGCUGCCCGUGUCGGCCGGUAAUGCAUAGUGCCCUUGUGUCCCGUCAUCCUGGUAAACCAGUUAUACAAGUCGGUAAGUCCGCUCUUCUGGGAGCCCGCGGAGGAGUAGCCACAGCCAAGGCCCGGAGGGAGAGACCAAGAACUCCCGUCAGCUGCUGCCAAGGCUUUGUGGUGCCAUGAUGAAGAAGGUCGUGGAAGUCGUCCUGCUGUUGUUGCUGCUGCUAUUCUUCACGUCGUGUGCAAAGGGAACGCGCUACAGCGCACCGGGGAAGCCCGCCCUGACCAGAUGUCGUUCUCCUGAAAAAGAGACCUUCACCUGCUGGUGGGAGCCAGGCUCUGAUGGGGGACUUGCCACGACCCAUGCCCUUUACUAUCGCAAAGAAAACUCUGAGACAGUGUACGAGUGUCCCGACUACCACACCGCCGGGAGGAACUCCUGCUUCUUUAACAAGAACGACACGUCCAUCUGGGUCAACUACAACAUCACUGUGGUGGCUACCAACGCACUAGGCAGCACGUUCUCCGACCCCGUGGACAUAGAUGUGGUCUACAUUGUCAAGCCUAAUCCUCCAGAGAAGGUGACAGUGACUGUAAUGGAGGACAAGGGCUGGCCCUUCCUCCGGGUGUCAUGGGAACCGCCUCAUAAGGCUGACACCCGCUCCGGUUGGAUCACUCUCAUCUACGAGCUCCGCGUCAAGUUGGAGGGAGGAGAUGACUGGGAGAUGCACCUUGCAGGCCAACAGAAGAUGUUUAACAUUUUCAGUCUGCGGUCAGACGGUACAUACCAUGUCCAGGUGCGCUGUAAGCCGGAUCAUGGCUUUUGGAGUGAAUGGAGUUCCACCUCCCACAUCAAAGUUCCUGACUAUUUCCAUCGAGAGAAAUCGGUUUGGAUCCUCAUUACGGUCUUUUCUGCCUUCAUCUUCCUCAUCCUCACAUGGUUGCUACACAUGAACAGCCACAGUCUGAAGCAUUGUAUUCUGCCACCAGUCCCUGGUCCUAAAAUCAGAGGAUUUGAUAAGCAGCUUCUCAAGAAUGGAAAGUCUGAGGAGGUCUUCAGCGCGCUGGUGGUGUCUGACUUCCCCCCAACCACAUUAUCCACUUAUGAGGACUUGCUGGUGGAAUACUUAGAGGUAUAUGUCCCCGAAGAGCAGGAGCUCAUGCUGGAGGAAAGCAAGGAUCUAGAUGAAAGUCGCCUCAAAUCUGAGGGCUCCACAUCUGACAACGACUCCGGCCGGGGCAGCUGCGAUAGCCACACUCUGCUGAUGGAUAAGUGUGGAGAGGCAAAAGAAGAAGGGAGGCAAACAGACCAGGAGUCAAGUCCAACGGAUACGAAGGCGCAGAGGCACCAGAAAGACUGGGAGGAGGACACGUUUACCUAUGCUCAUGAAGACAUGGUUAGCCCUGAAAUGUCCAGCGGAAGGGUGAAGACCUGGCCUUCUGUGUUUUCUCCACUGCCUCAGUACAGCUCAAGCCCACUGGACCAAAGAGGCUCAAGUGAGAAAGCCAAACAGCACUGCCUCUCCGACAGCCUGUUCCCCCCAGGCUCCGCUUCCUUAUACCUUUCCCAGCCUGGCCACAGCACCAAGGAGGCUCUCGGACCGAGCUACUGGGAAUUCGGCUUGGGCAACAAGCAACCUCAUUUGCUCCAUCCCCGGAUGCAGGCCCAUCGGCAACUCCAGGCCCACAGCGAUGUCAACAUCACCAGCACCGGCCACAAACAAGCACCUGUUGGUCUGCAGUCGCCCGCUCUGCGGCCCACUGAAUACGUUGAGGUCCAGAGGGUCAACGAGGAGGAUAUGGUGCUUCUCCAGCCUGUUGUGUCUGGCCGUGGCUGUGGCAACAGCAGACCCCAGAUGCACCACAGGGAGGACUACAGCAAGGUGAAAGGGGUGGACAGCGGCAACAUGCUGCUGCUCCAGAGAGAGGUGAUGGAAGAAGAGGUGGGCAGGUGCACUUGUGAGAACCAGGAGACUAAUGGAGUGACAGAGAGCUGCUACACAUCAUCCAUCACUACCACUAACCAGAAGCCUACAGCCUUCAUUCACACUGCCACGCCGGUCCAGGACGAAAUGGCCCUGACAGCGAGUGGUUAUGUUGACACUGCCACCGUGUUCACACCACCCACUUACUAGGUGCUUCAUAAGCCCAACUGGCAGGUCUGGGACAUUGCAAGACCUGUUUUAAGCUGGGACUGAGACAAAAAACACUAACACUGGAUGACUCCUGCAAAAAUGGUUGCAAAGUCACUCUGUUGAGAAUCCAUCCAAAAGAAUUUGAUUGAAUGAUGUGAAUAAUAAGUGUCAUUCAAAUUUAUAAAGAAUAUGAUUGAUUGUAUAAAUUAUUUGGUACUACAUGCUGUCAUUACGACAUAUACAUAAAUUAUGUGUUUGUGUGUGUGUGUGUGUGUGUGUGU